AUGAGAUCCUUGGGUCAGGCUAUCCCCUGGCACGUCCGAGUUGACGAUGCCUGGUUUGAGUGGGUGCCAGUACUGGCGCUGCGCUGGAGCCAAGAUGACAUCGACAGUCGGAUGAUCUUCCGGCAUGAUGAAAUGAAGUGCCGUUCAGUUUAUGAAACCUUGGACGAGCUUGUGAGAGGCAAGAUCUCGCCGGGCGACAUCGCAAAGCUCGAGGUCGUCCGCCAUCACGGCGAGCUGUACAGCCUCAGCAACCGCCGACUGACGGCGCUGCUGACCUACCAGAUCCUUAGGCGGAGCGAGGUCGUCUACGCGAGGUGCGUGAUUAGGGAGGGGCCAAAUGAGCGAUGGACGAGGUCGUUCUCAACGCGCUCCUCCGGCCUGGACAUGUAUCCGAAUCCCAGGUUCUACCAAGCACAGGCCGAGCACUGCGGCGGCCCGCUCUUUCACCCCAGCCAGGCUGCUUUGGAAAG